GAAGAAUAUACAUUAUUUUGUCUGUGAUAAAACAUCAGUUUAAUUAUCAUAAAUAUUUUGUUUUUGAAGUUGUGAAUAAAAAUAUACCAUAAAGGUGUGUGAAAUAGAAAUAAACCGCUUGAUUUUUUCAUGUUAUAAACGAAUUUCAAUCGUUUAUGAAUACAAUUAAAAAUACUGUUUCCCAUUGGGCUGAUUUUGCAAUAAAUACAGGCGGCUUGUAAGGAAAAUGUCUGAACAAGAAGAUUAUAAGAAUGCAAAAAGCAUUUAUGACUUUACCGUAAAGGACAUAAAAGGAAACGAAGUAUCCUUGGAAAAGUAUAAGGGCCAUGUCUGCAUUAUCGUUAAUGUUGCUUCGAAAUGUGGUCUUACCAAUUCAAAUUAUGCUGAGCUAAAUGAACUGUAUGAUCAGUAUGGUGAGAGCAAGGGACUUAGGAUUCUUGCUUUUCCUUGUAAUCAGUUUGCAAAUGAAGAAUCGGGCAAUAACGAACAGAUCUGUGAAUUUGUCGCUAAAAAGAAUGUGAAAUUUGACUUGUUUGAUAAGGUCAAUGUGAAUGGUAGUAAUGCACAUCCAUUAUGGAAUUACUUGAAAUAUAAACAAGGUGGGGUUUUGGGCACCUUUAUUAAAUGGAAUUUUACGAAAUUCCUAAUUGACAAAGAGGGCCAAGUAGUGGAAAGAUUUUCACCCACUACCAAACCAAAAGAUAUGAUACCAUCAUUGGAGAAAUUAUUUUAAAUUUAUAUAUGCAUUGAAAAAAAAAACAGCGUCAGAGACGGCUAGGAAAUUAAGAUUCCAAGCCAACUUGACGCCGUUUUUUUUUCGAUUAUAAUCUGAUACCUAUUAUAUGAGAUUCCAGUUUUUAUGCUUCAUAUUGUUAUUAUACCAAAUGUUUUUUUAUUAUAUAUAUUUUAAAUAAUAUACUUGUUCUU